AUGGCUCUUAAGCUGACAUCGCCCCGCGCUGUCGUCCUUCUGGUAUGUGUAAUCAGUAUCAUCUCGUCACCAUCCUUAACUAAUGGUGCUUCCAAGACCAGCCCCAUGAAACCUCCGCGAAUGGCCAUGGCACUUAUCCACCCUCAUUCUAUUCAUUCUCCUUAUUACAACCCAAACGCCACUGCUUAUGAUUUAGUCGAACGUGCCAUCGAUGGUUCAAUUGCUCGCAUUCGCUCCUUGAGCAAACUAGUUGCUGCUCCAAAUGACUACGCCUUCCGUGGCGGUGUUAUUGCAGAUAAUAAAGGAGUUGCGUUCCUCGUGAAAUUAUCCGUGGGCACACCACCGGUACCACAGCUCUUAAUUAUCGACACCGGAAGCAACCUCUUCUGGUUUCAGUGCGACCCCUGCAUCUCCUGCUUCCCGCAAUCUCUUCCUCGCUUCGAUCCUGCCAAAUCCUCAUCGUAUUCCAAUAUCCUUUGCAACUCCGUUGCAUGUAAUGUCUCUACACAUGAGUGCGAUAGCAAUAAAGAAUAUUGUACUUAUAAUUUUAAAUAUAUUGACGGAGCCAGCACACGUGGUAACCUUGCGACUGAAAACGUGACUUUCGAGACAUCUGAUGAGGGAACAAUGGUAAUACCAAUUACAAAGAUCGGGUGCGGUCAUGAGAAUAGUGGCAGCAUCGAUGGGCAACAAUCUGGCUUAUUAGGGCUAAGUUACAAUUAUUACUACUCUUUUAUUCAACAGGUAGGUUUGAAAUUUUCCAUCUGCCUAGCCGACGUGCAUAACCCGCAGUAUCCAUAUAAUCAACUAGUCCUCGGGGAUGAUGCAGUGCUCGAAGGCAAGUCCACAACCCUCGACCUGUAUGGGGGUCACUAUUACGUGAACCUCCAAGGCAUAAGCGUCGGAGAGACAAGGCUAAAGAUCGAUCCUGAAGCAUUCAAAAGAGCGCCUUCCGGAGAAGGCGGAGUUGUUUUAGACUCAGGAACAGGACUGACAUAUCUGAAGGGAGAUGGGUAUGUCCCAUUGCAGAAUGAAGUUCAAAGAUUGCUGGACCCACGCCUACGUCGGGUGAAACAAGGGCGUAAAAUAAAGCUCUUGUGCUAUGCGGGGACCAUGGGGAAGGAUCUACAGGGGUUUCCAGUCGUGACGUUUCAUUUCGAAAACGGGGCCGAACUAAUCCUCGACAUCGACAACAUGUUCUUCCAAGUAACGCCGGCCAUGUUUUGCAUGACAGUGGUUCAAUCGGAUCUCACGCUUCGGGGUUUGUCUCUAAUUGGGGUGUUAGCACAACAGUACCAUAACAUCGGGUAUGACAUCCAAGGAAAGCAGCUCUUCAUUCAAAGGAUAGAUUGUCGCUAUCUGGAUCAACAGAGUGCUUUUCCGUGA